AGAAAUAUUAGGUAAAUGGUUAGGUGAAAAUGCACCUACUGAAACUGUUCAACAACACACCACUCAAGUUGUAGAGCACCUUCGCAAGGAAUAUGGUGUUCAGAAUUUUGGAUAUGUUGGAUUUUGUUGGGGUGGAAUGAUCGCUUCUAAAAUGUCCAAGGAUCCUACAUAUGAUGGUUGUGUAUUAAUUCAUCCUGUAAUGUUAUCAAUCGAGGACUUUAAGGAGAGUAAAUGUCCUAUUGCGUUUAUACCUUCCAAAGAUGAACCUGAUCUUGAAAACUUAUUUUUCAAAAAUCCAAUUCUUACCAGCAAGCCAUUUGGUAGUAAACUUGUUCAUCGUAGAUUUGAUCUGCCUCAUGGUUUCGCAGGUGCCAGGGGUAAUUUCACCGAUGAAUAUAAUGUUAAAAGUGUAAACGAAGUUAUUGAUAUUACU